UGUCAUUGUCAUUUCUGAUUUGACUUUUCACUUUGGAUUUGGGUUUGAUUUGUUAAUUGAUUAUUCAUUUUUUAUUGCAUUGCCUGCAAACUGUGGACAGUGGGAGUCUGACUUUGUUCUUAAUUCAAAUAAAAUAAUCAAAGGCUAAAAUUCUGCAUUAUGUCGGAGAAACAUUUACAAACUGGCGACAUUUUACCACCGUACACCGGUAAACUGCGACUGUUCGCGAUGCGUUUUUGUCCUUACGCUGAAAGAAGUGUGCUCGUUUUGAACGCAAAAAAGAUCGAAUACGACCUAGUUUUUAUAAAUUUGGAUCACAAACCGGAAUGGAUUUUCAACUUCAAUCCAAAAGGCGCUGUCCCUGCAUUGGAGUAUGAAGAAGGAAAGGCCAUAUUUGACAGCAACAUUAUCAACGUGUACCUGGAUGAGAAGUAUCCUGAGGUUCCCCUCCAAGCAUCAGAUCCUCUUAGAAGAGCUCAAGACAAAUGUUUGGUGGAGCUGUUUGCAAGUGCACAAAGUGCAUACUACACUGCUGCAUUUGCCCCUCAAAAUGUUGAGCCAAGUACAGUGGAAAACUACAAAAAGGGCUUAGACUUGUUGCAAAAGGAACUUGAGAAACGUGGCACCAAGUUUUUGCAUGGUGAUGAACCAGGUUUAAUUGAUUACACAAUUUGGCCAUUCUUGGAGAGAUUUGAAGCACUGCCACUGCUUGGCAAACCUGAGUUUUCAAUUGACAAAUCAAAGUAUGAGCUUUUGGUAACAUAUAUGGAGGCAAUGAAAAAUGUGCCCGCAGUUAAAGCAUACACCUUAGCUCCAGAGACUCAUGCUAAAUUCACUGAAUCUCGCGUCAAGGGUGAUGCUAAUUACAACAUGUUGGAUACAAGCGCAGUAUGCUGCAUGCGUCCCAGAAAGAAGAAGGAAUAAAUACCACAACUUAUGAGACUAUAAGUUUAUGGCCACAGACCACAGAUGCAAGACAAAGCAAAAUUGUAAUAAAUCCAGUGAGAAUAAUCAUGGGCGUAGCGAGGUACGGGCGGGGGGGGGGACGUGGGGCUGGUGGUUUGUCCCCCUAGAUGAGUGGUUGGUCUUUGAGACUUCAUACCAAAUUUAAAGAUAUUUAAAGAUUUAAGUAACUUUGUUUCUUCGAUAUGAAAAAGUAACCUCAUGUGAAUGUUUCGGUUUCGGACGAAAAUGAGGCUGAAACUGAAAUUCGGUUUGGACUGUAAAACUAGUUUCGUUCGGACAGUAUCAAUUUGUAAUGUUCAAUUUAAGUAUAGCUGCCCCCCCUUAGAUAGAAUCCUGGCUACGCCCAUGAGAAUAAUAAUGAUUUAAGUUCUGUUUCAUUAUGAACUUUACUUUUGAGUAGAACUUAAUUUCUUUUUUCAUAGUCUGUGGUCAUAUCCUUAUUUCUCUUCAGCGCAGUAUCUAUAUGAUGUACAUUUACUAACCCUUGCCAGAUAAACAUUCAAGAAAAGUAUUACAUUUCUAUGAUAAACAUUUGUAUUGAAACCUACCAUAAAAUGUUAUUGAUGAAAAAAAAGUGUUUUAAAAUUUAAAUGAAUAUAUAGUGGCCUUUGUACUGCCAUGUGUUAUGUUAAUAUUUUAUUUUUACUGAAAAUUAUUUUGGCUGUAAAACUAAAUUAUAUCAUUCCUUGAUUGUACUUAAGUGUAAUUUUUUUUCAAUAUUGUUGAAUUACAUGUACCUAAAUAAAGUACAAUUUCUUUAAAGUUUAAAA